UCACAUAUAUAUACGCACAACACAUGUAAGUGAGAAGGAAAAAUCUAGAAAUUUUCAUACUAUAGAGAGAGAAAAAGUGAAAAUGUCUUCAUUUGAUGCGUUCAGUAUGGACGGUGACUCACCGGCACCGGCGACAUCAACUCCGUUCGACGACGGAGACUACGGCGGUGGUUCUUACACCGCCGAUACGCCGCCGUUCCACAGCUCUGGAGGUGGAUUCGGUGGAGACUAUGAGGAAGUGACGGUGGAACAUGUAUCUCAUACCGUCGACAGUCCCGAUCCCUACGGGUUCGGGUCGGGGUCGGGUCAAACCGAUUCGUUUGGAGCUCCGAUCUCGAAUGGGAAUGGUAAGGCCUACGAUCUAGGUGAAGAUUCUGAAGGAAUUUUUAGCUCUGAUGGACCUGUUCUUCCUCCACCGAAUGAAAUGCGUGAGGAAGGUUUUGCACUCCGUGAAUGGCGAAGGCAAAAUGCUAUCCGCCUUGAGGAGAAGGAGAAGAGAGAAAAGGAAAUCAGAAACCAAAUUAUUGAGGAAGGUGAAGAAUAUAAGAUAGCAUUCUAUGAGAAAAGAAAUCUCAAUAUUGAGACCAAUAAGACAACUAACCGCGAGAGAGAGAAGUUGUACUUGACUAAUCAAGAAAAGUUCCAUAAAGAAGCUGACAAGCAAUAUUGGAAAGCCAUAGCAGAGCUCAUUCCCAAGGAGGUGCCCAACAUUGAGAAGAAGGGAAGGAAGAAGGAUCAAGACAAGAAGCCAUCUAUCACUGUUGUCCAAGGGCCUAAACCUGGGAAACCUACCGAUCUUUCUAGGAUGCGCCACAUACUGCUCAAGCUUAAGCACACCCCGCCACCUCACAUGAUACCACCCCCUCCUGCUCCUGCCAAGGACGCCAAAGUUGGGAAGGAUGGAAAAGACGCCAAGGAUGCCAAAGCCGGGAAGGAUGGAAAAGACGCUAAGAAUGCUAAAGAUGCAGCACCAAAUGGAACUUCAGAUGCACCUCCCAGUGAUACCACAGUUGCUCAGACAUCAGAAGAACCUGCCGCUGCGGAAUGAUCGGCUUUCUGCCUAAUUUCUUAGUCUUUGAUGUUGUAAUGUGUUAUUAUCCUCUUACAGAAUACUCUUUCCUUUAUGAAUUUUGUAUCACUUCUACAUUCUGUGCCAUUCUACUACCUAUUCUAUUGGUUCGUGACAAACAAUAACUGCAUUUUGUUGCGUUGGA